GUGGCGCGGUGCGGGAUGAUGGAGUCGCGGGCCCUUGCUGGCCGCGUCGUGUUUCGCAGGGCCCGCUGAGGCCCGGCCACCCCACCGCCCGCCGCUUUCAGCCUCCCAUCGCCGGGACAUGGCCACGGAACACCCGCGGCCGGCGGGGCGCCCCGAGGGCGGGCGCGGGUGCUGCGUGGGCGGCGGGCGCGGCGCGGGCGGCGGGCGCGGUGAGACGGAGGAGGCCGAGGCCGAGGCCGCUGCCCAGCCGGUGCUCGGCGCCUCCCUUGGCCCCGCGGCGGCGGGGGGCGGCCGGCGGCUGGCGCUGAACGGAUGUGUGCCGCUGUCGCACCAGGUGGCCGGGCACAUGUACGGCAAGGAUAAAGGCGGCAUUCUACAGCAUCCAGAUGGAACCGUCUUGAAGCAGUUGCAGCCACCACCACGUGGUCCAAGGGAGCAAGAGUUCUACAACAAGGUCUAUGACUCCAACUGUUGCGACAGCAUUCUUCUGGAGCUGCGGGAAUAUCUGCCAAAAUACUUUGGUGUCUGGUCACCACCUACUACACCAAAUGAUACAUACCUAAAACUGGAAGAUGUGACCCGUAAGUUUAAUAAGCCCUGCAUAAUGGAUGUAAAAAUAGGUCAGAAAAGUUAUGAUCCUUAUGCUUCAGCAGAGAAGAUACAGCAGCAGGUCAGCAAGUACCCACUGAUGGAAGAGAUUGGCUUUUUGGUUCUUGGAAUGAGGGUGUACCACAUGUCUUCAGACAGCUAUGAGACGCAAAACCAGCACUACGGAAGGAGCUUGACCAAGGAAACAGUGAAGGAUGGCAUCUCAAAGUUUUUCCACAGUGGGUACUGCGUGAGAAAAGAUGUGGUAGCUGCCAGCAUUCAGAAGGUUGAAAAGAUUCUGGAGUGGUUUGAGGGCCAGACGCAACUCAACUUCUAUGCAAGCUCGUUGCUGUUUGUCUAUGAAGGUUCAUAUCAAGUGACAACUGUGCGGUUAAGUGAUGCCACCUUGGCAGAGAAGAGAAGAGUACCCAAAGGCCUUUUAUCAGGUGGAAAUGUAUUGGAGUAUAAUAAUAAUAUUCAUGUAAUAAAUUCUACAGAGAAUGGAAAAAUUGAAGCCUCUGUAAGUAAAGGCUUGUCUAAAUUUUAUGCACUUCAUAAAAAGGCGUGCUCGAAGAGGCACCACAGUCAGCUCUCACUAAAAGUUGAAAACUCAGAGCAAGACAAUGUGUGGAAAACCAGCACAUGCAUUACACAGGAGCACCUGAAUGGAAAUGUUCUACCCCAACUGGAAAAAGUUUUCUGUCACGUGCCAGCAGAGACCAAGGAAAGUGCAAAUGUCGAAGUCCGAAUGAUUGAUUUUGCUCAUGUGUUUCCUAGCAACACAAGGGAUGAGGGCUAUAUUUAUGGUCUGAAGAAUCUAAUCACAGUACUACAAAAUAUUUUGGAUAACUAAAUUCUUUGCUAUGUUUUUUAUUGGGGGCCAAUGAUAAAGAGCAACAACAUGCACUUGUAAUGCUGCAUAACUGGGUUUGUAUUGUUCUAUAUUUUAUUUGUCUUUGUACAUUUGGUAGAAGGGUUUAACUUUUUAUAAUUUCACUCAGGAAAAAUAUUAAUAGUUAAUUAGGGAGUAUGAAAGGAUGAAGAUACUUGAGAUAAAGUAGGGUAGGUAAAUUAAUAGAAUGAAAUGUAUGUUGUUGGCUUAAGUCCAAGGACUACCAGAAGCAAGGGUUAUGUUAGUUCCUUUAAUGACUUUAGCAUAGACGACAUUUUUGCCCAUGUAGCCUUGACACUGAGCCACACCUCCAUGAAGAGGUGUUUAGAAAAUAGACUGAAAAUUGUAAGGUGGAGGAUUGAUAUCCUCAGUACUGCCCUUGUGUUUACUGUAUUUGAAUAACUGGAGAAACUCUGCUUGGAGAGAAAUCCUGUUCUGUGUCAGCAGUCUGACCUGAAUCCAGUGUAUCCCUAAGUGCUUUUCCAUGUCAGGGGACAAUAUUGUUAUUCUUUCAGCCCUUCCCUCUUCGUGGAUGUUCUGUAGCCGAUGUUUACCACAGAUGAGCUACCAUGCGAUUUGUGUUGAGGUGCUAAGAAAAUGCUGGAGUACCAUACCAUAACAGGCUUAAACUGCACAAUUUCUAGAGAAACUGUUUGUUCCUAAGAAUAAGUGAAAGAAGGCAAACACAAGAUGUUCCAGGAACUAAUUUGGUUUAGGAGAUUAUGUCAGUCUGUUAAUGGAGUGCCUGAUGCUGUGAUUAAGGAAAAUGUCUCACUGUUGUUCUCAUGGCUUUUCUCCAAUGACAUUGUUUUAAAAAGCAAUCUAGUAGAAUGGGGAAACAAGUGUUUUGGGCAUGUGUACAGAGCUCUGCUGGCUGUAAGCCACUUGCAUUUUUGCAGAGAGCAUUUAUGCUUCAGCUGCUGGGGAGCACUGACUGGAACCACAAGCAAAAGAGGCGGAGGAGCCUCCUGUGAGAUUGGUCAGCCUUGGAGCCACUACCUGUGCCACUGCUUGUUCCAGUGGAGCUGUGGCUAUCCCGUCCAGGGCUAAAGACACUGCAUGUUUCUUUAAUAAUACACAGGCAAUCUGUGUAGUUUGAAAGCUGUCCCAUUUCUUUCCUUGUCACGAGAAAAUUUCAUCUUUUGUAUGGAAUACUUGAGAUCAGGAUGAUGUAUCCAAAGCAGUUUUGAUGUGUCUCUUCUGUAUGCUGUGUAGGUGGCUGUGCUGCCAUGCAUAUUACAGUGAGCUAUAUGAAAAGUGGGCAUGGAGAAAUCUUGCCAUCCCUAGAGCAAGAUUUUAAUGUUUAAAGCAUUUCCAGGACAAAAAUGUUUUAGAAUGGAAACAUACAUCUUUUUCAUGUGGACUUAGUGACCCUGUGGCCUUGCUGCUCACUCUCUAUGAUAUUGUGCACUAUGCACUCAGCUGUGUACACAUCUUGGCAAGUUCUUCAUUGGACAUCUGUUUUCUACAUGACAGAGAUUCAUACUUUUUCAAGCAAAUUUGCUGUUUUAAAUAAAGCUUAAUUUUUUAGCUCUGUUUGAGAACUUGGGUUAAUUGGGAGACACAGGGUAUUACUGUGUGUAGAAUUACAUGGUUUAAACUUUAGAGCUUGUAUAGGCCAAUACAUUCAAGACUGAAACCAACCUUUUAGUAACAUGAUGUUUUAGAAGUAUGGAAAAAGGGGCUUGCAGGAAGGGUGAGACCAGUGUGUUGAAAAUUUUAUGUGAAAUACAGUGAAGUCUGAGGGGGAAAGUACCAGGAAGAGGGGGGCUUUUUUUCCUACCUAGUAUUUCUCUUGCACCUUAUAGUUAAUAUAUUCCCAACUCUCUGUGAAUUAAUUUAAGCCAUAUUCUAGAAAGAGUUCAUGGUUUUGUUUGCUUUGUCACUGGUUUCUCUUUGUUGUUCUAUCCCGUAAAUAAUCAACACUAGAGUAGUCCAGACUGGUAGUGGCCUUGUAUGAUAAACUUACAAGGUUUUAUAGGAAAAUAUGGGCAAAAACAUUUAAACGUCUUCAUUUUUGUCCUCUGUAAUUCAUCUCUUCCGGAUUUUAAUCCAUUUUGUACCAGAGAAAUGAGGCAUUUUCCUCAAGUCAGUUAUUGGAAAAUUAUUAGUAUGCACUUAGUACCAUGCACUCUUCUGUCUCUGCUUUAAGAUACAUGUCCUUGGUGUUUGAAUCCUCUUUAAGUAUUGAUUAUUUUGUUGGCUAUGGCAGCAUUUGUAACAUGCCUGGAAUAUUGUCAGCCUGUCAGAAUAUUUUAAAUAAAAAAAAAAUCUAUCAUUGUUUUUGUACCAGUAGUUAUUAUCAAUGUAUUUCUGGUAAUUUCAAAUGUAGCUUGAGUAAUAGCAGGAUUUUUCAUUGGAAAUUGUGUAAAUAAAGCUUGCUGUGGCGAUGUUUGGACAUAGUACCAGCUGAGUUUGAGCCUGCAGAGGCCUUAUAUUUGCACUGUUCUUGCAGAUUUUAGACUCAGUGUGUCUAGUGUCUUGUGUCUGAGCCAAUGUUUUCAGUUACAGUUGGAAAUGUAUUCACAGAAAUAAUUAAAUGGAAUACAUAAUUAAUCAGAAGAUGAAGAGGGAGACAGUGGGUCACUGAGCUCAUGUAUUCUCAAUGAUUGAUCUCCCUCCCUCUCAGCAAUGCCCCUUUUGUUCUCUGGACAAAGUAUACAGGACAGGCAAUCAUUACAUGGAAAUCUCUACAGGAAUGUUUACAAGGCUUGUAGGUGUUUAUGUCCCAUAAAACAGUGGGUCGCUGCCCUAGGCUGCUGUGGUGUAGCUGGGCACUAGGCUUGCUGAGGAAAAUGAUGAUUUUAAGCAAUAAGAGUUGGGUUUAGCAGAGCCGACUAUUAAAAAGGAAGAACUCAUACAGCAUUGUCACUCAUGGACUCUGUGAGUAUAGGCUUCUGAAGCCUUUCUGCCUAGGUGAUAUGAGAACUGUGCUUAGGCUUACCUAAGGAGAACCUGAGUUGUAUAAAGUUUUAUGAAAAACAUUUACAAAUGUAUUUUUGAAUAUGGGUGAAAUUUGUUGCGUAAAUUGCAUUGGAAGUUACUAUACUACUAUGAAAUACUUAAAAUAAUUUAAUUAAUUUGUUUUAUGAACUGGAGACUAUGCGUAGUUGUGAUUCUGAUGAAACUGUUUUGUUUUUUUCUACUGUAAUGCAUAACCAGAGUGUUCUUUUCCAUAAUCUCACGAUUUCAUGGAGAACUUUUUAAAAGUACUGAGUACUUUUAGGAAAUAAUUAUUUUCCAUUAAUUUAACAGAGUGUGUAUUUUCUUAAAAUAUCUCAGUGCAUAUAAUAUUGGAAGUAAUGUUAACAUGCUACAAAUCUAGAACCCCAGUAAAACUUUCUCACCUGAAGAGAGCUCCUGAUCUGAGUCUGGAUUGUGCAGUUUAAAAUGGGCCUUGUCAGGUGUAACAGCAGCAGUAGUGGAGUGGCAUCACCUACACUGGCCAUGUCAGGUGUGCAGGCAUGUUUACAUUAUGAACCCUAAAAUCAUUGGAGUGACUUGCUCACUUCAUGAUUUGAAGCACAAUCAAAUGUACGAAGACACUGGAAAAGUGGAGACUGACAUCCACACUUGCUGUUUAAAGUUAGGAUUGGUUGUUUAUCUUCUUAAUUUCUUUAGGGGUUUUUUCUCCCACAUGCAGUUUCCUCCCGAGUGCCCUUGCCACAGGUGCCAUCACGAUGGAAAUUUGUAUUUCCUAAAAAGCUUAUGCACCAUAACUCCUCUUGAAGUGCUGCUAUUGAAAAACACUGUAAGAUGCCUCAAAUACUGUGGGAGUGCAGUCUCUCCUGAAAGAGCAGGAGUGGCUGCUGGUGGACAGCAUGAUUUGAUGGUAGACUGGAUCAUAGGUUUUGUGUGAGUUCUUCACUCGUGAGUUGAGGAGGACGUUCUGGGGGCAAGGUGAAUGACAGCUGAACUCUGUGGAGUUUUCCUUCCCUUACUGCAGUUCAGGUGGAGGUUUGGGUUUAAGGAGUACAGCAGAGAGCAGUGAGAGUUUCUGAGAUGCCCUGAGCAGGACACUGGGUUCAUUCUGUGGCACAAAGAAUGGAUCCAAAGGCUGCAGACCUUCAGGUGUCCCACAGAGAGAACAUGUUUUACUUAUUCAUUCAGUUAAAAAAGGAUGUUAUCUGGGAAGUGCAUUCAUCACCACAGUCAUGGGCCAAAUCGUGUGUUUUUCAUGUUCGUUGCAAUCUGUAUAUAGAAACUGUAGUAGAAAAUUGUCAUUGAAAGGGCAAGUGUGUUUGAAAGGGGAAAAUAAGCAAACUAAGGGUUGUACCACAGAAAACAUGUUUCAAUAAAUAUCUUUUACUCUGGUCUUGUUUAAUGGAGAUGGGCCUUGUGGAUUUGGAGUUUAAUUUGUUGCAUGACAUUGAGUAGCAAAGAACAAAGGUACUUCAAAAUACCUUAUUUGAAUGAUGUACAUUGUUUCAAGUAGCUAUUUUAUUUAAUAGAUCACUUUUUUAAAAAGAAAGUACCUUCCAAAUACAAUUUGUGUUGCACCUGACUAAAUGAAACUACAGUGCACAAAGGCAUUUCAAUCCUCUAGGAACUGUACUGGAACAUAGAUGAAACCAUGUGAAAUUGCACCUGAUGCUGUGUUGUUAAUCAUUUUUUGAGAUUUAAAGUUCUAUAUUCAUUAUGGUUGAUGAAUGAAUGUGUCUAGUCUAGUCUCAGUUUCUUUGAUCCAGAUGUCUAAAGCUGCCCCUCAAUCUCCUCUGAUCUGUAUGUGUUUGUAAUUUCAUUUGCUAUUUUCUGACCUUCUUGGACCACAGGAAAAAUACUUAAUAUUACCUGUGUUUAUUUUAUAGAACAUUGUACUGUGCUGUCUACCAACUUCUGUAACUUAAUUGUUAGUGAUAUUUAGGGUCAUUCUAAUAGCUGUAUAUUUGGCAAAUUAAAUUUUUUCUGCAAGUGACUUGCAAGUACAAUUUGUUUCUUUUAAAUACAAGAAGAUUGUUGAGAAAAAGUUUACUUGAAUAUUUCCUGCACUGAUGAAUCCUUCUUUCUCUUUUUUUCUGUGCUCUCUAUAAUGGGUUUCCCUUGGAUUUACCAGGUUUGCUUUACUACCAUGUUUUUGUCACAGCAUCCAUUGCCAUUGUUUAUUAGGAAUACCUGCUGGGUAUACAAGAAUCAUCUCUAUAACAUAUAACAUAAAAAAAGAAAUUCCACAAUCCUUUAAAACUCAUCCUGGAAAACCCUUAACAGGACCACAAGAGGCUAUAUAUGUUGUUGAUUACAAGUCUUUUGCAUCCAACAUCAGGUCCCAAAUUCUGAAAGCAUGCAGGAAGAGCCUUAGUGCUUCGCUUUUAAGUUGGUUUGGUUUGCAGGGGGGAUUAUGUUGGGAAUUUUUUGGUUUUUUUAAUGUGUUGUCUUGCUUGUCUACCACAAGCUUUCUAAAUGUGUUCAGUAGUCUUAAAUACUGAAGUACACGUGGCUCUGUGCAGCCUUCCUUCCCAUGCUGUAGAAUUGGAAGAAAUGAUGGAGUGAGGCUGUAACUGGCAAAAUCACAGUAUUGUGAGGAUCUAGGUUUUUUGUGUUUUGUAUUUAAAAAAUGAAAAGUGUUUAUUCAGUGAUGAGUCUUGUAAAGAAAUCCCUAUUUCUUUGUUGUUUUAAAGUGAAGAAGGAAUCACACUCCUUCAUUGCCUGUUCACAUCACUUGUCAGGGGUGUUGCCUGGCUGGGGGCUACUGUCUUUCUGUUCUCUUCUUCCUUUCACACAUGUGCUUGUUUGAACAACUGCGCAGUGAAAUAUGUCAGGGAGCUGAUGCAGCUGAGAACUGCCUCAGAAUAAGAAAAUGCCAUGUGGGGAGGUGUGGAAAGGAGCUGGGGAACUGCACAGAGCCCCCACACAGGGACAUGCCAUCCAGGAUGGACACAGAGUUCAGGCUGUUGGGAUAUGGCCCUGUGUGACAACCAAAUCUACUAUUCUCUUAGUGCAAAGACCUGCUUCUGAGUCUCUACUAGCAUACCUCUUGGGUAUGUGUUCCAUUGCCUCUGUGCACAGACUGACUGCCUGGCAGAUGCCAAAUAUUACAGUCCCACCUGUCUGACACAUAAAUUACUAAUUUUCUGCUCUCUUUGCUUCCUCAAUUUGGCUCAUUUUUAGGGAGAGUUGUGCUUCAUCUGUGUGGAAGAAAGAUGGGCUGUAUAAGGGUGUUAAUAUAUUCCUUCAGUGCAGCUAGGUCAGGGCAGCUGCAGUGGAGCUGCAGGUUGAUGUCUGGCGGAGCCCACGGCCAGAGGCUGUGACUUGCUGGCCCUCUCUAUAAUGAGUAGCCCAGGGACCUGUGGCCUGGCUGGGGGACCAGACACUCAGAGACACAGCAGAAGCGGAGAACCUCAGACUUUUGUGCCAGACUGUGAGGGGAUAAAAGCCAAGGGGGGUUCCUUUUUUGGGGUCCCUCCUUGAAGGAACCAGGUGGAGUUGUUAUUUAGUUAUUUGGUCAUUGCACCAAGAUUAAAUUUUUUAAAGAAUUUGAAUGCCUGACACUCUACCAUGGGAAAACCUGGGUCUGAGCCCAUAAGGGAACCCUGUGUGUGAAUGUAGGAUGCAGCUGUGGAGGAAUCUCAGUCCAGCUCAGGUGGUGCAAGAGUGACUGUCAGAGUAGUCCUGGAUGCUCAGACAGGGAAGUUUCCUUAUGGAAUGGAACAACAGUGUCUAGAGAGUAAUUUAAAAGUCUCACAUUUAAUAUCAAACAUUUCCCUUAUCUCCUGGUGCUGCUCUGCUGUUUUUGCUUAUAUUUUUCAUCCUUCUUGCCAUCCCCAAAUGUAGACUUCCUCUAAAUGUAACUGUAGUUUGAGGUUUAGGCCAGCACAAGAUUUGAGUAUAAGUACCUAGAAUAAGAACUGUAAAAUACCUGCCAUAUACACAUUUUCCUCUGGCCAUCUCUACACUACCUUUAACCUUGAACAGAGCAAAUAAAUCCAUCUGUGUGUUGUGCAGUGUAUCUGAAGAUCAACCAGUUGCCUGUUGCCUUGGAGGGCAGUAAAGGAUUGGUGUCAGCACACACUUUUUGGUUUAUAAAGCAUAAGGAGGAACUCAGCCCGUUUUUCCAUAGGUAUAUAAACUGCAUGUGGCUGGCAAUAAAAACUUGAUUUUUUAGCAGUUUCAGUGGAUAUAAAUUGGGCCAGCAGAUGGGAAGCUGUCAAAUAGAAACCAUGCCCUGGUACUAAUUUUAGGAAAUCACUUCUCAAAAGAAAACAAACCAGGAAUAGCUACAAAUAAAAUGCUGACAAUUUGGACUUGGGCAAAACGAACCUUUUGUUUUCAAAUACUCUGAUUAUUACUACUGUUGUCUCACCUAAGAUAUGCCCUUAAGCUUCCCCAAUACCUGUUCAUAUAAGUUUGUAGGUAGGAGGGAUUAAUUCCCAAAAAACAUCAUGUUCCAUAUCAAUCAAAACCUCUUGGGAAUUUAUGGGUCUGUUUUCAAGCAGAAAACUGUUAUGCUACUAUUUAAAUCUGUAAAAGCAAUGGUCCUCUGUUGAGCAUAGUUGAAUUCCAGCUUGAAUACUCAAGUGUGGGAAGCAGAGCUGGCUGGGCAGAAUCAUACAACUUUGUGAUAGGUUUAAAUUUUCAUUUUGUUAUCACCUGUGCAUGGUGCAUGUCCCGGGACACUGCUUGGGUCACCAGGGCACAUUUCAUCUCCAGCUGAGGCUGGAGGAGUGUUUCCCUCUGUCCUUUUUUUUCGUAUACCAUGAAACAUUGAGAUUAGGCACUCCUUAUCUUCUUUCCUAGUUUUAUUCCAAGUUCUUUAUUGUUUCUUUUUUUUCUUCUUCUUCUUCUUUUAAAACACAUCUGGGGGGAAAAAAACCCAAAGCAGCAUUUUCCACCUGUGAAGUGCCAUGUAAUCUCUGAUGGCAGGCUGCUUUGGUUAUCGAAGCCCUCUUCAGCAGUACACUGCUCUCUGUAGUGUGUAACAGAAGUCCAGAAUAACCCAUUAGACUACAUAUGUUGCCAUGGGUUGAAGUAAUUAUUAUUAAUACUGCAUUGUACAACCUUCUUUAUAAAGAAAAAUAGCGUUUUUCUAAAUAGACAGCAUGACCUCAGGCUGGCUGUUUUUAUUUCUUUUGAACCUUUUACUGAACUUCAGUAUUAAAACCAUUGUUUAAAAAUUGUCUAAGAGACAUAUUAUAAUUGUUUCUAUCAGAGUAUUUUGUGAUCUGUAUGUGGAAGAUGGCAGCAGUGAAGUGGAAAAAGAUUAAUCUAGACAUCAAAGCAAUGGUUACCAUUUGUCUGGAUCUAGAGCUGUAUUUUUAUGGGUGUACUGGUUUGAAAACAAACCAGUGGGAGAUUCCAAGUCAGACUUACAAUUUAAUAGGAAAAUUAAAAUACAGGCAGAAAACAUUGGCUUAAACUGACAGACUCAGGAUACAGCCUGACACCCUGUUGGCCAGGGUGAUGGUAGCAGUCCCAUUAAAUGGUGGCUGCAAUCCUGUUGAAGUGAUAGAUUUGGUUCUGUUGAAGUAGUAAUCCUAGAAGGACUUGGUCUUCCUGUGAAGGUUCAGUGGUGGUUAUUGAGCUUGUCCUCUUAGAAUCCAGUAGGUAAGGCUGCCUGUGGUAUUCCAAACCUCAGAUUAUAUCGAGGUAGGAAUGUUUGGUUCCUCCCUCUGGGCGCACAAUUUCACAAUGGGAUGAUUUAAUUUUAUGAGUAAUGCAGCGAGACUAGAUUGGCCAUUAGCAGAAGAUAUCCCCCUACACCCCCAAGGGAGUUAUCAGGGAUUUGUCAUGGAAGAGAUAAAAAACACUGCCCUACCUGUUUUUAACACCUUGUGAAGAUGGUGAUAGAAUACAUACUUUUGGUUAUGUCUUGCUAUAACCUAAGACAAUUUGCUUGUAAUUAUCAUUGGAAAGCUGGGCAGUUCAGACAAGCUUUUCUUUCCAUUGCAAUGUUUAACAAAAUAAACCAAACCGAUGGCCCAUAAAUAACCUUUGAUUAAAUUGCAGUUAUUCUUAAUCAAAACUCAUGUAGCUGAAUUUUUCAGUCUAAUUAAAACCCAACAGUGCACACACUCUGUGAGACUCUUCUGAAACAACCUGAAGGUUUUCAAGCAGCUCAGCUCGAGCUAUCUGAAAUAUUGGAGCUGACAUACAUAAUGUUAAUGGUAAUGACAGUUUCUUAGUUUGACUAAAGCUUAAUAUUUGCUUGCUCAUGAAGGAGAGGUACUCUCAAGGAGUGUAAAAUGCACUCCUUUCAGGGAAACAGCUUUUUGUUCAGUGGCCUUUUCAGAUUAAUUGUGCAGUGAGAGAAGAAGGCAAGUCUCCAGUGCAGCACACCCCCUGCACUCCCCCUCAGUCAGGAAUCUACAGAAUUCAGCCCAAUGACUGGAACCACACAAUGUGUAUUGGCAUUUAUCAGCUGGAACAUUUUCUUAACCUGCCUGGAAUCUUUUUGGGUCCAUUUUUAAUGUUGCAAGCCCAACACUUGGAGCAAGGAGGCUACAAGUCUCUCCCCUGGAAUGGUAAUGUCUUGCUGGAGGCUGAUAACCAGCCAGGCUUUGUCACAUCUCAGCUUUCACAUCUACUUGCUUGGGGCAUGACCAAAAGUACCAGUGUAUUAACACUAUUAAAACUCUGCCUGGAGAAGUAAAAUGAUAAAUUGCUUGACUUUCAAAGGCUGGUGUGCCUCUAGGAAAAUAUCAAAGACACAAGUCCUGAGUAAGCCCUUGAUUUGCACUUCUUUACUGAGUUUUUUUCACUUUAAAGGCUUCCACCUCACCUCAUACAAGUGCAAAAGCAGCUGUGCUAUGUGGUAGAGCAGUCAGCGGGGCAGGCAGGGAAGCCGGAGAAGUGAACCAGGAAGUAUUUAUAAUGAAAACUUCUUUACCACCAGGUGUGUUGGUUUCACGUGCUUGGGGGGAGGGGCUCUCCUGUCUCUGGGAGCUUCCCCUGUGAGCUGCUGGCACCAAUCAGAGAGCUGAUUUGGUGAUGGACAGCUCGGGAAACCAAUGAAAAGUUAUUUUGCUUUUACAAAUCACAGCGGAUCAGGUUUGCUGGCUCUCUUUCAGCUUCUGGUCUCCGGGGGUGGUGGUCUCUGGCCGGAGGGCUGCGACCCGGCUCUUGGCUCGGCCUGGAGUCUGGCCCGUUGCCCCGGCUCUGCGGGGGGCCCAGCUCGGCACCCCGGCUCUGCUGGGGCCCCGGCUUGGGACCCUGGCCCGGUGGGGGGCCCGGCCCGGCCGCAUGGUCCCGGCCCCCCCUCCCUGACUGUAUGGCCCCACGCGGCCCGGAGCUCCCCUCUCCACGUGCCAUAGCCGAGCAGGGGGGAUCGGGGAGCCACCAAAGGCUCUCCCUUCCCCCUUCCCUCCUCGUUCUGAGAGAAGAGGCCUCCAGCUGCCCAUGCUGUUUCUUCACGAUCUGGAUACAAUUGUAACUUCUUUAUGCCUGGAUAAGAUCCUCGAUUUUUCUAAGCUCUCCUGAAUGGGAAGAAAUAAAGCCUGGAGACUUCAGAAGUCAGCACAAUGAUGAUAAAGUUCCUGGCGGGAAGAGAUUGAAAAGAUGCGAACUGAUAAGUAGCUGAAAACCUUUUCUGUGGGCUAAGGGGAUUGUGACUUCACUAAAAUUCCUUUAAACUGUGAAAUAUACUUGGGGAGGUUUUGGGUGCUUGAGAAGAAGAACCUUAUUUUUGCCUUGGGGAAAUAGAGCUCUCUGUUCUGGGACUGAAAUGUGAACAAAGACAUUUAAUAGAGAAAGAGAUGACUUUUUGCCUUGGGGAAUGAAGCUCUCUCUGUCCUGGGACUGGAAUAAAGACAGAGACAUUUGAUAGUGAAGGAGAUGAAGAGAAUCUUGUUUUUUUAGCAGCCUGCCUUUAAAAGUACUACCCCAUAUGUGUGUAACAUAACCCAUUGCACAGCUCUGAAAGGACUGUGACAGAAUGGGAGGAAAGUCAUAAUCUGCAAUAUUUUUCCCGGGCGGAUGUGGAUUGUGAAGGUGAAGAUGCCCCUAAGCCAUAACCAAAAAGGGACUUUUCUCUCUUAAGUAAACUGAACUGAUUAUUUGAAUGUAUCACUGACUGAAGUGCUCUCUGUAUGUUUGUUGGUAAGAAAUGUUGAAUGAAGAGGAGGAGGAAACAAUCUAGGGAUCUUAUUCUGAAUAUUUUUUGUGUUAUUAAUAAAUUUCUUCUUGUACCUUU